AUGUCCGCAGAUCCGCGUUCGCCUCCGCAAACGCACCUGAGCCCGAGCAUGCGUUUCCGAGCGCUUCGGGAGACGACGAGAUCGGUUUACCUAAACAAGGAGCCAUCAGUGAUUACACCAGCGCUCGUGAAAUGCUGUAUUAGUUUGCUGAUUCAACUCUCAGUCGAGUCUGGCGAAGCUGAUAAAGAUGAAAAUGGCAAUACCCAGUUCGUUGGCAUCGAUGGGCUGGUCGAGAAAUAUACCCAGACAAUUGAACGGAACUUCAUCGGGUGA